CUCCCAGGGCUGUGGGCUGCAUGCAGGGCUCAUGGUGGGGCUCCCUUAGAAAGCACAGGAGAUGCAGCACCCAAAGGCACCUAUAUCUGCACUGACACCCCAUAGAGGCGAGGACCCCCCCCUCCCCCCCGAGGUGCUUUCCCUUUGCUCCACAACCAUCACCCUGGGGAAGUGCAGACAGAGGAAUGGAGCAAUCCCAGGAGCUGGAAUUACCAGCCCUCCUCCCACUCUGGGCAGGCUGUAAUUAGGACACACACGUAAUGAGCUCCGGUGAAGUUGGGGUGCAGCCUGCAUUGAGGUCCUGGGUUUCACCAGGCUCCUCCCUCAGCUCCAGGGACCCACAUAUAGCAGGGAGAGCUCAGCAGCACCCACAUCGCUGCCAGAGAGCUGAGAUGCUGCUGAGCACCGGGAUGAUGAAGGCCUUCAUCCUCUUCCUCGGGGUGGGAAUGACCUUGGGCUCCCUAUACACGGACCCCGACUCCUGCAGGGGACGCUGUGAUGAACCCUACAGCCAUGAGGAUGAAUGUCACUGCGACGCCGACUGCAGGAGCCGCAACAGCUGCUGUAGGGAUUACCCAGAGCACUGCAGGGAGGGUGAGGAAACAACGCAUAGACACACUGCAGAGCACUUCUCCCACAGCCACGAUGCCAUCAGCGACAAGGAGCUGCUCCACGUCUCCGAGCAGCUCUAUGGGGCGGAUUACAACAAGGCUCAACCCAAUGACAUCAACAUUAACCCACAACACCGGGCUGACCCCGACCAAACAGGGCUCCAGGAGGAUCUCUCCCCCGAGCCGCUCUAUGCAUACGUCAAUGAGAAGCUCUUCUCCAAACCCACCUAUGCCAGCUUCAUCCGUUUGCUGGACAACUACCAGAGGGCAACGGGACAUGAGGAGGAGGUGACAGCCGAGGAGCUGCAGGAGCAGAACAUCUUCCUCCAGGAGGUGAUGAAGACGGAGCUCAUGAAGAAACUUUAUGCUUUCCUCCAUAAGAAAAAUCGUUAUGGAUCCGAGGAGGAAUUCCUGCAGGAUCUGAAGGAGAUGUGGUUUGGGCUCUACUCCCGAGGUGAUGGAGAGAAGGAUUCCAGUGGCUUCGAGCACGUCUUCUCAGGGGAGGUUAAAAAGGGGAAAGUGAGUGGGUUUCACAACUGGAUUCGCUUCUACCUCCUGGAAAAGCAAGGACUGGUCAACUACUACAGCCAUAACUUUGAUGGGCCGUGGGACACCUACCCUGAUGUACUGGGGCUGCAGUUCAGCUGGGAUGGCUUCUACAAGGAGGUGGGCUCUGCAUUCAUCGGCUGCAGCCCGGAGUUUGAAUUUGGCAUCUAUACAUUGUGCUUCAUUGCCCGACCUGGAAGGGAAUGUCACCUGAGCUUGGGUGGCCACGGUGUCAGCAUCCAGACCUACACAUGGACCAAAUCUACCUAUGGCCACGGCAAGAAAUACAUCGCCACGGCUUAUAUCAUCUCACCCUGAGCCCAUCCACAUCCCAGGCCAGGAGGAAUGGGGUGGCAGCAGCCCCUCUGCUCCGGGGCCAUGGGCUGCCCCACAUCAUGGACCCACUGUGUAGGGCAGUGCUGGUCCUGCCCUGGGAGGCAGAUGGCCACAGUGUGGAGCAGGGCAGCCCAUAUGGAGGCUGUGGGGUAGGACGGAGGUGGCAGCCCCAUUGCCAUCAAGUGGAGGCAUUGCGUGCUCGUAACAUGAAAGCCAGGGGGGGCUGUGUGGGAUUUGCAGUGGACAACAGCAACCUUGAGUGGAAUAAAUAGUGAUGCUGGAAGGAAA